CAUCACUCCCGCCUCUACUGCUGGCCCCGCAGUCCACCUGCUCUACCGAGAUUCGAUUGGUAGACGACUCGCAUUACUAGUCUUCAUCCUGACCGUGUCUUUAUUGUCUUCAGUUACUGAAGAACACCUGAGAGAGCUUCAAAAACACUCUUCUCGUGGAUAAUACGUGCGCGAUAUCUCGUGACAUGAAUGAAUAAAAGCCGUCUAGUAGAAGAUAAUUCCGUUAUGUGGAAUUUGUUGUGCAACUUAACGUGAUCUACUGAUGAUUUUGUGUGCAGCCGACUGAGUAUCACACGUGCCGACCUCGAAAUAAAAUGGUUUUAGUGGUUUGAAGAGGAUGGAAUUGCAGAAUUUGAUAACAGAUCGAAAUAAGAUGCUCAUAGAACGCUAUAUUUGGCGACUUCUAGGGGUGCAUUCUACAGUCAUCAUUUUCUACAUAAUUUCAUUUGCGAAUGCGGUUAUCGCUAGUGAUCUAUGGCCAUUGGACAGACCAGAAGGGAUGCCCGCAAUCCAGUCUUUGGAAGUGAUGUGCGGAAAAGAUCAUAUGGAUGUGCAUCUGACUUUUUCGCAGCCUUUCGAAGGCAUAGUUUCCUCCAAAGGACAGCACGGGGAUCCAAGAUGUGUGUAUGUUCCUCCAUCAACUGGACAAACUUUAUUUUCGUUUCGGAUAGCUUACGCUAGGUGUGGAACAAAACCAGAUUUACACGGACAAUUUUACGAAAAUACCGUUGUUGUGCAAUACGAUAAGGAUCUUUUGGAAGUUUGGGAUGAAGCGAAACGCCUGAGGUGUGAGUGGUUUAAUGAUUAUGAGAAGACUGCUUCCAAACCGCCCAUGGUCAUAGCUGAUCUUGAUGUUGUACAACUUGAUUUCAGAGGUGACAACGUGGACUGCUGGAUGGAAAUUCAACACGGUAAAGGUCCAUGGGCCCCCCCUGUUAGUGGUAUAGUUCCACUAGGUUCCACAUUGACCCUGGUAGUCGCUAUAAAUGAUUACAGAGGAGAAUUCGACAUGAGAGUGAAAUCAUGUUUAGCCUCUGACGGAGCAGGUCAUGUGAUACAACUGUCUGAUGAGUUUGGUUGCGUUUUAAGGCCGAAAAUGAUAAGUCGUUUCCUCAAAGCACGAGGUGCGGACGAAAGAGCGUCUGUAAUCACUUACGCAUUUUUCCAUGCUUUCAAGUUUCCUGACGCACUGAGCGUUCAUAUAAAAUGUAAAGUAGAAAUAUGCAGACAAGGGUGUUUGGAUCACUGCCAGUUGCAAUCAGAUGAAGCGAGCGAUGUGAAUCCAGAUUUAUCACAUUACGUUAACUCCCUAGAGAGAAAGGAUAGCAAUAUGCCGACAGUUCAAGACAGGUUACUGGAAACAAAUUUUAAUGGUGUUAGAAUGUCUCUCAAUGACAACCAUCCUAACAUAAAUAAACAGUUGAAGGAAUCGUCAGUUGAACAUGAUGAAGCAAAGCUGGAUAUUAUGUCUUCUUCUUAUAAGGGAAUUCAUCCUUUACCCCUCCAGGAUACAUUUCCUCAUGGACCAAGGAUAUUGGAAGAAUCUAUGCCCAACCCCAGAAGUAUGAACAGUAACAAUUCUUACGAAAAAAUGUUGAAGGUAGAGCCAUCCAAAAAGGUACAUAAAAAUGGAAACCACUCUACAAAUGAAGUAACAGAAAGAUUCGCAGGCAGGAGGAAGAGAUCAGUUGUAUUAUCAGAUAGGAAGGCAAGGAGCACUGAUGUUGGAGUCAGUAGCCUCUAUGAAGUUAUUUCCGAAGCUGACCUGGCUUUCAGUCCGGAUAAUCGAGCCGAAGCUGUUACGAUUUUCAGAGGACGUAUUAGAGAAGAAGUCGUGUACGGAAUUUGCAUGCCGGUUCCCGGAUUUAGUCUGUUAAAGUUGUAG